GGGAACCGGCGGAUAGUGCACAGACGUUCUCCGGCCCCAACCGACGGCCCGGGCGAAUCCUUUGGGGAGAUAGUGGAGAGGCGGCGGCCCGUUCGCAUCCCGUUGCGGCGAGCGAAAGAGGAUCGCGGCGCCUGAAGGACGAGCUUCGGGAGGACCUCGCGGAGUCAGGCGGGCGCAGCGCAGGGCCUGCGCCCUUCCAGUUUUUUGCUUUAAGUUCCACAUUUUUAUGCCAGGCGAGUGUCUGUAAUCCCAGCACAUGGGAGGCUGAAGCAGGAGGACUGCAGGAGUUCAAGGACAGCCUGGACUACAUGGUCAGAGACAACUUCCCAGCAGAGGCCUCCUUCUGCUCAGCCCCAGAUGGCAUCUGUGGAUUUCAAGACCUAUGUGGACCAGGCCUGCAGAGCAGCCGAGGAGUUUGUCAACGUCUACUACACCACCAUGGAUAAGCGGCGGCGCCUGCUGUCCCGCCUCUACAUGGGCACAGCCACCUUGGUAUGGAAUGGAAACGCCGUUUCAGGACAGGAGUCCCUGAGUGAGUUCUUUGAAAUGUUGCCCUCCAGCGAGUUCCAGAUCAAUGUGGUUGACUGCCAACCUGUCCACGAUGAGGCCACACCUAGUCAGACCACAGUCCUGGUUGUUAUCUGUGGGUCUGUGAAGUUUGAGGGCAACAAACAGCGGGACUUCAACCAGAAUUUCAUCCUCACCGCCCAGGCCUCCCCUACCAACACGGUAUGGAGGAUCGCAAGUGACUGUUUCCGUUUCCAGGACUGGGCCAACUAGUUGGGGAGAGGCUUGAACUGCAGUUCCAGGCCUGGGAUGAGGCCACAUGCUAAGUUUCUAUUCCUGCCACAGAGCACACUGCUCCGAGGCCAAACUCUCCCUGCAUUUGUUUGCAUCCCAGGAGCCUCCUCCUAAAUAUGCACUUGUUGUCAUAGCUGCCUUUUAAAAGUAGAAGGCUUUUCUAUUUUUCUAUUUGUUCAGUAGAGAUCUGAUUCUGGAAAUUCAGAAAAUAAAAAGUUAAUACAA